AUGUUCCUUCUGACCAAUCUCUCACUUAUUAAAACUUGUUGGCUGUUGUCCUUCAUUUUUUGUUCAGCAAUUCAUAUUGCCAUCAGAUCAUUUCGAUUAUGCAUCUAUCUUACAAUGUUCAUAUCUGUCAAUGUAAAUGCCUUUAUCUUUCUUUCUUUGCAUAUACGCAUUUUUAAUGACGGGGGACGUAGUCUCUUCAUCUAUUUCUUUACAUAUCACUCUCAUUCGGAUCUAACAACAGUUCUUUUGCCCGGAGUGACACAGGAUCGAAUUCUGCCGGAGAGCGCAUAUUUUUCUUUCUUUCUUUCUUUCUUUCUUUCUUUGUAUAUACACAUUUUUUAUUGGCAGUCUCUUCAUCUAUUUCUUUACAUAUCACUCUCAUUCGGAUCUAACGACAGUUCUUUUGCCCGGAGUGACACAGGAUCGAAUUCUGCCGGAGAACGCAUAUUUUUCUUUCUUUCUUUCUUUCUUUCUUUCUUUUCUUUCUUUCUUUCUUUGUAUAUACACAUUUUUUAUUGGCAGUCUCUUCAUCUAUUUCUUUACAUAUCACUCUCAUUCGGAUCUAACGACAGUUCUUUUGCCCGUAGUGACACAGGAUCGAAUUCUGCCGGAGAGCGCAUAUUUUUCUUUCUUUCUUUCUUUCUUUCUUCUUUUUCUUCUUUCUUUCUUUCUUUCUUUCUUUCUUUGUAUACACAUUUUUAUUGGCAGUCUCUUCAUCUAUUUCUUUACAUAUCACUCUCAUUCGGAUCUAACGACAGUUCUUUUGCCCGGAGUGACACAGGAUCGAAUUCUGCCGGAGAGCGCAUAUUUUUCUUUCUUUUUUUUCUUUCUUUUUUUUUUUUCUUUCUUUCUUUCUUUCUUUCUUUCUUUCUUUCUUUCUUUCUUUCUUUCUUUCUUUCUUUCUUUGUAUAUACACAUUUUUUAUUGGCAGUCACUUCAUCUAUUUCUUUACAUAUCACUCUCAUUCGGAUCUAA